CUUCCGAUUUCCGGUCGGCUCCCGCCCCGCUCCGCCAUCAUGAAGCCCUGAACAAAAAGCGAACGAGACAGGAAGAGAAAAACAGGGAUGGACCUGUCGAUGACAGAAAGAGACGAGCUGAACGUGUGACACCGACGGCGUGAGGAAAGAAAUGAUGCAGAUACGCGCAGCAGAGGCGGAAUAUCGGGCUGUGGUUUAAAAAGAGCGACCGUUAAACCGACAGUCAGCUGAUCGAGUCCGUUAACGGCCGUGUUAUCCAUUUAAAUACGUAUGAACGGACAGAUCGAGUUUCUCGCCACUCUUCGCGAUCAUUACGUUAGAAAUCGAUGGAUCGCUAUUUAAAUCGAUCGCUUUUUGUGAAGUGAGACCGGGGACGGAGAGGCCAGAUUUACCUCAGGAGGCCGGAGCUAGCUUACUAGAGCUAGCUUCAGAGGAUCCCGUACACCACGGCGCUGGCCAUGCCGUCGAGUGCGCGGGCUGGGAGUCUCAAGGACCCAGAGGUGGCGGAACUUUUUUACAAGGAGGAUCCUGAGAAACUCUUCACAGACCUGCGGGAGAUCGGCCAUGGCAGCUUCGGAGCCGUCUACUUUGCCCACGACAUCCGCACCAAUGAGGUGGUGGCCAUCAAGAAGAUGUCCUACAGUGGCAAGCAGUCUAAUGAGAAAUGGCAGGAUAUCAUCAAAGAGGUUAAAUUCCUUCAAAAGCUGCGGCACCCCAACACGGUGGAGUAUAGAGGCUGCUACCUGCGUGAACACACAGCAUGGCUGGUGAUGGAAUACUGUUUGGGCUCGGCCUCAGAUCUGCUGGAAGUGCACAAGAAACCAUUACAGGAAGUGGAGAUUGCAGCAAUUACCCAUGGUGCAUUACAGGGUUUGGUGUACCUCCACUCGCACAACAUGAUUCACAGGGAUGUGAAAGCAGGUAACAUCUUACUGACAGAGCCUGGCCAGGUCAAACUGGGAGACUUUGGCUCCGCCUCCAUUGUUGCUCCAGCCAACUCCUUUGUGGGCACACCUUACUGGAUGGCUCCAGAGGUGAUCCUCGCCAUGGAUGAAGGCCAGUAUGAUGGAAAGGUUGACGUGUGGUCACUCGGCAUCACCUGCAUAGAGCUUGCGGAGAGAAAGCCUCCCUUGUUUAAUAUGAAUGCUAUGAGUGCCUUAUACCACAUCGCCCAGAACGAGAGCCCGGUCCUGCAGUCUAAUCACUGGUCGGAUUAUUUCCGUAACUUUGUAGACUCUUGUCUGCAGAAGAUCGCCCAGGACAGACCUACCUCUGAUGUGCUGCUAAAACAUCACUUCCUGUGCCGUGAGCGUCCGGUGACCGUGGUGAUGGAUCUGAUAGCACGCACUAAAGACGCCGUGAGGGAGUUAGAUAACCUGCAAUACCGCAAGAUGAAGAAGAUCCUCUUCCAGGAAACACACAAUGGUCCUGCCACCGAGGGAACCGAAGAGGAAGAGGAUGUUGAGCAGUACAUGUUGCGGAUGGGCACAGUGAACAGCAUGGAGAGCUCCCAUUCACUGCCGUCUAUGUCGAUCAGUGCCAGCUCCCAGAGUUCUUCAGUCAACAGCCUUGCAGAUGGAUCGGAUGACAGCGGAGAGAUGGCUAUGAUGCAGGAGGGCGAGCAUACAGUGACCUCUAACAGCUCAGUGCUGCACAAACCACUGAACCAUGAUAACAUCUACGACGACCCCUACCAGCCGGAGAUGGAGUCCCAGCAGCAGGGCCCCUCUGGGGGUCGCAGACGCAGAGGAAGGGACCACUUCGCCACCAUCCGCACAGCCUCUUUGGUGACCCGUCAGAUCCAGGAGCACGAGCAGGGCUCGGCGCUGAGAGAGCAGAUGUCCAGAUACAAGCGCAUGAGGAGGCAGCAUCAGAAACAGCUGAUGGCUCUGGAGAACAAGCUGAAGGCCGAGAUGGAUGAACAUCAGCUGAGACUCGACAAAGAACUGGAGACGCAGAGGAACAACUUCAGCAGUGAAGCAGACAAGCUCAGUAAGAAGCACCAGGCCAUCCUAGAGAAAGAGACUAAGUCCGGUCUUGCAGAAGAGAAGAAGUUUCAGCAGCACAUCUUGGCCCAGCAGAAGAAAGAGCUGACCAGCCUGCUGGAGUCUCAGAAACGGCAGUACAGGCAGCGAAAAGAGCAACUUAAAGAGGAGCUCAAUGAGAACCAGUCCACGCCAAAGCGGGAGAAGCAAGAGUGGCUAGUUCAGCAGAAGGAGUGUCUCCAGCAGAUCCAGGCAGAAGAGGAGGCCAGUUUGCUACGCAGACAGAGGCAAUACUAUGAGUUGCAAUGUCGCCAGUACAAGAGGAAGAUGCUGCUGGCUCGCCACAACCUGGAGCAAGACCUGCUGAGAGAGAAGACGAGUGAGGACAAACUGGUAAAUUUGCUUGACAUAGACCUGAACAAGAAACAGACUUUAAAGGACCUGGACUGCGCCAUGUUGCUCCGCCACCACGAGUCGACUCAGGAGCAGGAGUUCAGGCAGCUGGCUCUGGUGCAGCGCACGCGGGCCGACCUGAUCCGGACGCAGCACCAGACCGAGCUCACUAACCAGAUGGAGUACAACAAACGGCGUGAGCAAGAGCUGCGGCAAAAGCACGCGGUUGAAGUCCGCCAGCAGCCCAAGAGCCUGAGAGUGAGUGGCUGUGACCUCACGGAGAAUGCUGAAGAAGGGGAGGGGCCUCAGAGGGAGAUUGAUGAAGGGGAGGGGCUUGAAUCUGAAAGGGAUGGGCCUCAUAUGGAGGGGGAGGGGAGUGAUGAGGGGGAGGGGCUUGAAAUGAAAGGGGUGGGGCUAAAGGAACAGCUGGAAGAAGGGAGUAGAGAUGGAGAAAAGAUCGAUGGGGAUGAGAUCGAGCUGGUAGGGGCUGUUGAAGAGACAGCUGAGCAAGAGAAGCGUGAAAUAGAAGUUCUUGAAGGAAAUGACACUGAAGACACAUUUACCGACCAAUGUGAAAUGAUAGACAGUGAAGGAAAAGAGGAAGAUGUGGAGAUCUCAGCUGACAGUUCCGAGCAAAUGUUAGAUGAACAGCAACAGGUGGAGGACAAAAUCGACAGCGAUCCCAGACAAGUAGAAUUGCUUCCUUGGGAUGACGGUAGUGAAUCGGAGUGUGAGGAAGAGGAUAGGGGUGUAGCCGACGGAUGUCCGUCAGAGAUAAUGCACGGCCCUUCUUUUGAGCGCCGUCCUCACGAGCGUGACAUAGAUGAACUCUCUGAGUUCUACUUCCCGGAUACAUUAGAAGAGCUGGAUCCUCCGCCCGUCUACACGCCUCCUUCCCCGUCCUCUUCUUCCCAGCCUUCCCUUCACUCGCUCUUUUCUCACGUGAUCUGUCUCGCUCUUUCGCUUUCUGCUGCCGUGCAGCCGUCUGUCCUCACCCUCCUUUUCCUUUCAAUCUUCCUGCUUUCCUUGAGACGCUCGCCUCCGCUUCCUUCGCUCGCUUCGAUCCUUCUCUCCGGUGAGCUGGCCUUCCUGGCGCUCUUCUUUUCCUACCUAUUCCUGCGUUCCUGCUGCUCGCUCUCGUUUUCCACGUACCUUUCUCUAACGUAUUGGGGCUCGGGCCUGUUCAGUUUGGGUUUGUCUUUAAGCUUGGGACUCUAUUACGUCCCGGUAGCCUUGAUCUCGGCGUCCUUUCUCAGCUCGCCCUCACUUUUCCUCACCCUCUAUCUUGUGGUGGUCUUGGUUGUACGUCCGGCCAGGGUUUUCCUCCAAAACACCCCACGCAAACUCAAUCGCCUCUGGAUGCGAGUUCUCUUCCGCUUGCCGAAGCCGCUUUUCACCGUGUGCCAGUCGCUUCUCGGCGGCCUGACUGAACGUAGCCUCUACGAUAUGUUUCCUAAAGCCGGACGCAACUGGGGUGGGCGGCAGUCUAGAAUCCCUGUGCCUUUAAAAAGCCUUCGUGCAGAGUAUCAGGCCAAAAGCAAAUCCUCGGUUUUGUUUGCACGCUGCUUGCUUCUGGGCCGACGGUUUGUCCGCCGACCUCUCGGCACUCUGACGGACCUUGCUAACUCCGUAGUGCUGCGUUUAGCCAAGUGUUUGCUGAAGGAGCUGCCGCAGAAUUACCUGAAACGGCUGCAGACAUUCGGGUUGCUGCGCAGAGAGAGACCCAGCAAACUGCCGAUUCUCCUGCCUAGACCCGUGAGGGAACAGAGGCGGAGGACGAGGGAGAGGAGAGAGAAGGAGAGGAGGAGAGAGAGGAUGUACAGGGAAGAGGGGAGGUGGGAGAGUGUUUUGAGGAGAACCCCUUCAGGGAGGAGUUUGAAAGGAAAGAUGGUGCCUUGGAGAUAGAUUGAGACGGAGGAAGGGAGGUAUGCGAGCAUGAACAUGCCAUUCAUCCAUCUUUCUUUGUGUUUCUCUCUGUUCUUCCAGCUGAUUUAUUUUAGCCCGUUUGCUCACGUGCCGGUUUUACAGGGAAGUACUCGGUUAAAGAGAGAGUUCACACAAAAUUAACUGCAUUUGUCCCGCAAACCAUUUCAAAAACAUAAAACCCGUGUUUAAUCUUCAAAACACAAAUGAAUGCAUGGAACCUGAGAGGUUUCAGUCUCUUAAUAAUAACAAAAUAAAUUAGUAAAGGAUAUCCUUUAGAUGAUGAAACGGCUCGAUUUCUUGCGGAUUCGUUUUACAAUGCCUUUAUGAACUUUUUUGUUUUUCUCAGUUUUGGUUGCCAGGACUUUCAAUGAAGGGACAGAAAUCUCUCAGAUUUCGUUUAGAAAUAUAAAAUUGUGUUUUGAAGAUUAACCGAAGCCCUAUGCGUUUGGAAAGACCUGAGGGUGAAAGUAAAUGACAGAAAUGCUAUUUUUAGGUGAACUGUUCCUUUAAAAUUGAUUUCAACUCCCUCAUUCACUGUCGUCACAGGUGAAUGGAAAGCUUCAGUCGAUUAUUGUGCUUUUUGUAAAAGUUUUUGGGGUUUUAUUAUUAUUUUUAUUUUAUUUUACUCAAGUUAUUUUCUUCUCAAAUAGCAAGAGCUAUAUGUGUUAUGGUAAUUUCUUAAAGCCAUGUCUGUGCAAUCCUGAGUUAGUUUUUAUUUUGUUUUGAAGGGAGUCUUAAUUUCAACAACGAAAUUGUAUUGUAUUGCGAAACCAAAAUGGCUCUUUGUGAAAAUGUCCAGGCCUUUCAAUGAAGCCAUGCAUGUUAAUUGCUAACUUAAUUCACUGUGCCUACUGUGAAAGUAGAUCAUUAUACAAUGCUUUACACUAUAGAUCUCCCAAAAACAUUACACUACAAGCUUACUCUUCAAGAAGUGCAAUAGAAGUUCAUUAGAUGAAGCGCCAAUGGUUUUUCCUACUUCUCAAAAAAUGUUUGUAUUAAAAUAGAAACUAGGCUGCAUUUUGUUGCAAAAUCAGUAUUUUGUACCAUUUCAAAAGCUUCAGAUCAACUACAAGCAGCUAAAACUUUAAAAAGCAAUUAAGAGUCCUCUCACUGGAGAUUUCCGAGGCAGGGCCUCAUUAAUGGCAAUCAAAUGCUUGAAAUAUUGAGCAAAAUAAAAUCUGCAUCCUUGCCAAAAUCACCUGCACCAGUUAUAUAUUAUAUUAUAUUAUGUGUUAGGGAAGGGGUUUUCCCACCUUCAGAUGGAUGAACAAUGCUAUUAAUUCAGUUCUGCCACUUUAGCAGUGAAUGUUUGUUAAAUUAAACAUCAAUCUCAUAACUUAAGGUGAAAUAUUUACUCUGAAAUGUGGGUGAUCUGUUAUAAAUUCAAUAUGCAAUAUGCAAUUUAGAUGAAGGACCCUGAUGUAUUAUUAAAGAGAUUGGAGGUUGAUGUGCUUUUGUGGCACAUACAAGUUUAUAUACUUGAGAUAGUUUAGCACCAAAAAUUAUUUUACUCAACGGUAUAUAUGAGCAAAUGUCUUUUGUAGACUAGUGGAGUUGGGGAUAAAUAUAAACUGGUUUUAGAAAAAUGUGUUAUUGCACUAGAGGCAAUGAUCUGAUCAUAUUUACCAUGUAAACAAGUGUUUUGAUCAUAUCCUUAUGAUGAGAGACCUAGCCUGUUUAGAUUUAUUCGCAAGUAAGCCCUAGGUUUUCCAACGUUUGCAUGGCAUUAUUUUAUAUUUAUUAAUACUCUUAUUACUGCAUAUUAAAGGCUAUAGUAAGAAGCCAUUGUGACAAUCAUCUUAAUGUAAAGUUGGACAGGAAGUAUGCAAAUUGACAACCAAAGAUUUGUACAAUAAGAAAUGAAGAGGUGGAUGGUUGGAUUGAAUAUGAAUAGCUUGCACUGCACACACAAAUCAUUUUUAUUUGAAAUGCUCUGUAAAAAAAAUUACCAAAUACUAAAAGGUCUUCAUAGAAAUCUUAAGAUUAUCAAAGGGACCAAGAGUUCAUUUCGAUUUUAGCCAUAUUUGUUGCAAUUAUUGGCUAUUUAAAAUUUCAAGUUUGUGUUAUUUUAAUUUUAUUUUUAUUUUUUGUCUUGUUACUUAAUGUUUACAUAUGCUGUGCUCCCUUUUGUUUUGUUUAACCAAAUCACAAAUUGUCUUUAUUAUUUGAGGAAUGUUUCUGUUAUUUUAUGUGUUGCAUUGCACCGUCUGUUUCAAGGCCACUGUGUGUGCGUUUCAUCCUCAUUUUGUGUGUUUGUGCAUGAAUGGAUGUUUACUUCGUUUAAGCAAAGAUUUCUGUCAUACAUUUCUGAAAUAAAUUUUCUUUAUUAUAA